AUGACUGAUCCGCCAGCAUCAACUAAAAAAACGGCACGUACAUUUGAUUUACAAGCAAUGAUGAAUCAAGCACGAUUAGGUGCUCAAGAACGAACAAAAAUUGAUUGGUCAAAUGAAAUUGAAAAAGCUAAAGAAGAAAAUGAAUUACGCAUCAAUGAAAUGAAAAUAAAAGCUGAUGAAGCUGCUAAAAAAUUGCAAAUAUCAACAAACAAUGACAAUAUUAAUGAUGACGACGAUGAUGAUUUUGGUCCAUCAAUUGAUCUUGCUACUGCACCAACUGCUGAUAAUGAAGAUACUAGUAGCGAUGAUGAAGACAACAAUUCAUCAAAGCCAAUUGAAGAAGAUGAUGAUCGACUUGACGAUGAUGAACAACCAUUUUUUCCUUUAACACAUGAAAUUGAUCUUAAACAUGGAACAAAAUCAGUUUCAUGUUUAACAACUGAUUCAAAUGGUGAACGUCUAAUCUCAGGUGGUUUUGAUUAUGAACUUAAAAUGUGGGACUUUCCAACAAUGGAUAAAACAUUACAAUAUUCUCGAGCAAUAUCUCCAUGUGAAUCUCAUCAAUUACGUUCAAUUGAAUUUAGUCCUGGAAGUGAUAUGUUAUUAAUUGCAAGUGGUAGUUGUCAAGCAAAAGUUAUUAGUCGAGAUGGAAAAAAUAUGUACGAAUGUGUUCGAGGUGAUAUGUAUUUAAUUGAUAUGCAAAAGACAAAAGGACAUGUUAGUACAUUGAAUCGUGCAUGUUGGAAUCCAAAAGAUUUAAAUGAAUUUAUGACAUGUUCUGAUGAUGGUACUGUUCGUUUAUGGUCUUUAAUUCGUCGCACUGAGCAUGUUUCAUGUAUAAAAACAAAAUCUGAACAAGGUAAAAAAACGUCAACAACAACAUGUACAUAUAAUACUUAUCAUACACAUGUUGCACAAAAUGAGUAUUUAAUAACAGCUGGUUGUGAUGAUGGAAGUAUACAAAUUUGGGAUCGACGUCGACCAUUUGUUAAUGUUACAUUUAUAUCAAGACGUGCACAUGAACCAGAAAAUGCUAUAACAUCAUUAUGUUGGUCAUAUGAUGGAAGAAAUUUAGCAUCACGAUCAACUGAUCAUACACUUAAAUUAUGGGAUAUAAGAAAUUUUAAACAACCACUUUCGGAAUAUAAUGAUUUACAUAAUCGAUUUUCAAUGACAAAUAUAACUUUUUCACCUGAUGAUCGUUUUCUAAUUACUGGUACAUCAACACGAAAGAAAACAAAUGAUAAUAUGAAUGAUCCAACAAAUGUUGGUGCUAUUUAUUUUUUUAAUCGAAAUAAUCUUGCACAACCUGAAGGACAAAUACAAGUUAGUGAAACAGCAAGUGUUAUUAAAACAUUAUGGCAUUCAAAACUUAAUCAAAUUAUGUGUACAACAAGUAAUGGUAUUAUUAAAAUAUUUUAUGAUACAAUACGUUCAAAACAAGGAGCUUUAUUAUUUGCUAAUCGUGAAGAACGACAAAAGAAAGCAAAUGAUUUUUUUAUUAAUAUGAAUAUUAUUAAUCCACAUGCUUUACCAUUAUAUAGACAAGAUAGAGUUAGAAAUUUAUCUGUUAUACGAAUGAAAAAUCGAGAAGAUCCAGUCAAAUCAAAACGACCAGAUUUGCCUGUCAGUGGUGCUGGUUCUGGUGGCCGUAUUGGUGUACAUGGUGGUACAUUAUCAUCAUAUAUUGUUAAAAACAUUGCUUUACAAAAACCACCAGCUCAAAAAGAAGAUUCUCGUGCUAUUUUACUUAGUUAUCAAGAAAAAUGUGAACAAAAUCCGUAUUGGGUAGCACCAGCUUAUUCAAAAAGUCAACCAAAAGCGAUUUUUCAAUCAUCUACUCAAGAUACAAAUCAGAAGAAAGAAGAAGAUGAUGAUGAUGAUAUUGCACCACUUUGGAAAAAACAAAAGACAUAA